AUGUUAGAGCAACACAAUGUAACCGAAUCGUCUUUCACGAUGAAGGCGUCGCCGUCGUCGGCUUCUUCCUCGGCGCCGGCGUUGCGCCGCCUGCGAGCAGCCGGGCGGUGGUGCGCCGUCGCGGCGCCGGCGGCGGGGAGGCUCGUGACGGUGGCCUCGGUCGCCGUGGAGGCGCCCGUGCCCGCCGCCGGCGCCGCUCAAGAGCGGCGGCGCAUGUCGGUGUCGCAGACCAUGUCCAAGCUCAAGGACCAGGGCAAGACGGCGUUCAUCCCGUACCUCACCGCCGGCGACCCGGACAUGGAGACGACGGCGGAGGCGCUGCGGCUGCUCGACGCCUGCGGCGCCGACGUCAUCGAGCUCGGCGUGCCGUUCUCCGACCCCUACGCCGACGGCCCCGUCAUCCAGGCCUCCGCGGCGCGGGCGCUGUCCGGCGGCGCCACGCCGGAGGCCGUCUUGUCGAUGCUCAGGGAGGUGACGCCGGAGCUGUCCUGCCCAGUCGUCCUCCUCUCCUACUUCGGCCCCAUCCUCCGGCGAGGUGCCGCCAACUUCACCGCCGCAGCCAAACACGCCGGCGUUCAAGGUCUUAUAGUUCCUGAUCUUCCUUAUGUGGACACAUGCACUUUCAGGAGUGAAGCCAUCAAGAGCAACCUAGAGCUGGUGCUGCUUACAACGCCAGCUACACCGGGAGAGAGGAUGAAGCUAAUCACAGAAGCUUCAGGAGGAUUUGUUUAUAUCGUCAGUGUCAAUGGAGUUACAGGUCCCCGUCCAAAAGUAAAUGCACGUGUUGAGCAUCUUCUUCAGGAGGUUAAGCAGGUCACUGAUAAAGCUGUGUGUGUUGGUUUUGGCAUAUCAACUCCUGACCAUGUCAAGCAGAUAGCAGAGUGGGGUGCAGAUGGAGUGAUCAUCGGCAGUGCAAUGGUGAAGCAGUUAGGUGAAGCAGCUUCUCCCAAACAAGGGCUGAAAAGGCUGGAGGAGUAUGCCAGGAGCAUGAAGGGUGCACUGCUAUAAAACCUGCAGAUUCAGAUAGUUUCUAAAUCAUUGUACCAUGGUGUAGCUGAUAUCUAGAAUGAUGCCACUGUAUUUUGUAAAUACAUCUGCAUUGAAAUCUCUGCAAUAUUAAUUUUCCACGGGGAUUGCAAAUUUUGUCCAAUCCUCUAUUUCUGCUUGUUGAGAUUGU